UGAACGCUGCAAAAUAUACUUCUAUUUUACUAUUUUUGUCGAAAUUUUAGUCAACUAAGUAAUAUAGCAAGACACAAUAAGUCACAUUAAAACAGCUCGUUUAGCAAUUUGGUCGGAUGAAUAUUGUAUUAAGAAUUUAUAAAAAUGGAAAUUUCUUUUGUUUUGAUAUCAUUGAUGGUUUUUGCAAAUGUUUUGGCAGAUAACAGGACGGAAUAUGCGGAGGUGGUUGAUAUUACAAACCAGUACAUCAAGCAUGCUUCUAAUUAUACACAUAGUAAUGUAGGAAAUGUAUUGGAGUAUGUAAUUAACCUAAUUACAAAUGUAUAUUCAACGGAGACUAUGAAUUAUAUGUUCACUGUACCGGAUGCAGCAAGAAUUGACAGCCUAAAAUUCCUAGAAGAAUCCAAAAUUAUGCAGGAAUAUGUACAAAAACAAAUACGUCAGAUAAUAGGUCGUCCUGAGCCUAAUAAUCUAAACCAGAAUUUAAAUUUGGCCGAUCUUGGAAAAGCGAGAAGAGUUCUUACAGGAAAAGCUUUAAGAAAUAUAAUUGCCCGUAAAUUAGAUAAAUCGUCACAAAAUUGGAUGUGUAAAUUGUUAGGGUUGUGGAUGAGUACAAGAACUUCAUUGUUAACAUUUGCUGAAAAUGAAGGUAAUAUUGAUUGUAAAUUAUCCGAUAGAGACAAUCAUGUUAUAAAAUACAGAUAUUUCGAGGGCAAUUAUUUUCAAAUCGAUGAAAUGGAAGGAAUAAUAGGUAAACUAAAAACACAACUACUUGAGGAAGAGUAUGCGGCUAUGAACGAUUAAACCAGGAAUCAACUGUUUAUUUCUUUUAAAACCAUGCAAACCAUUAACUGUGAAUUUUUUUCAUAAUAAACUGUUUUGUCUACAACUAUAAGCAAAUUGGUUGCAAA